AUGGCCUGUGAGCACCCGCCGAGGAACGCGGUGCCCGCUGGCCCAGCGGGUGUCUGCGUGGGCGACCCGGUGCUGCGCACAGGGAAGCCGCUCUCGGUGGAGCUGGGUCCCGGCAUCAUGGGCUCCAUCUUUGAUGGGAUCCAGCGUCCCUUGAAGGACAUCACAGAGCUGACCAAGAACAUCUACAUCCCUCGGGGAAUCAACAUCCCUGCGCUGGGCCGUGAUGUCAAGUGGGACUUCACCCCCAGCAAGCACAUCCGAGUCGGGAGCCACGUCACGGGCGGAGACAUCUAUGGCGUGGUGACCGAGAACUCGCUCAUCCAGCACAAGAUCAUGGUGCCACCGCGGAGCCGGGGCACCGUCACCUACAUUGCACCCCCGGGGCACUACGACAUCUCGGAUGUGGUGCUGGAGCUGGACUUUGAGGACACCAAGGAGAAGCUGACCAUGAUGCAGGUCUGGCCUGUGAGACAGACCCGGCCUGUGGCUGAGAAGCUGAUGGCCAACUACCCACUGCUGACGGGCCAGAGGGUCCUGGAUGCCCUUUUCCCGUGUGUCCAAGGUGGCACCACUGCCAUCCCAGGGGCCUUCGGCUGCGGCAAGACGGUCAUCUCGCAGUCCCUGUCCAAGUACUCCAACAGCGACGUCAUCAUCUACGUGGGCUGCGGUGAGAGGGGCAACGAGAUGUCCGAGGUGCUGCGGGACUUCCCAGAGCUCACCAUGGAGGUGGACGGGAGGACGGAGACCAUCAUGAAACGCACAGCGCUGGUGGCAAACACCUCCAACAUGCCCGUGGCCGCCCGUGAGGCCUCCAUCUACACUGGCAUCACACUCUCCGAGUACUUCCGUGACAUGGGCUACCACGUCAGCAUGAUGGCCGACUCGACGUCGCGCUGGGCCGAGGCGCUGCGCGAGAUCUCGGGACGCCUGGCCGAGAUGCCAGCGGACAGCGGCUACCCAGCGUACCUCGGCGCCCGCCUGGCGUCCUUCUACGAAUGGGAUGGGGAUGGGGUCACGGGCUGGGAGGAAGGCUGGGGAGGGGGGAUAGGGGCUGGGAAGGCCUCCCUGGCCGAGGCCGACAAGAUCACUCUGGAGGUGGCCAAGCUCAUCAAGGACGAUUUCCUGCAGCAGAAUGGCUACUCGCCCUACGACAGGUUCUGCCCCUUCUACAAGACAGUGGGGAUGCUGCACAACAUGAUCACCUUCUACGAGCUGGCCCGGCAUGCCGUGGAGGCCACGGCGCAGGCCGAGCGCAAGGUCACCUGGGCCACCAUCCGCGAGCACCUGGGGGACAUCAUGUACAAGCUGAGCGCCAUGAAGUUCAAGGACCCCGUGAAGGACGGCGAGGCCAAGAUCACCGCGGAUUAUGCCCAGCUCAAUGAGGAGAUGCAGACGGCUUUCCGCAACCUGGAGGACUGAGGGGA